AUGGAGGGAUACUUCGAUAAUGACCUGAAGGACGUCUUCGAGGCGGACAUUGACCCGGACAUGCAAGAGGUACUGGACGAAGACUCAGAAAUGAGCGACUGGUUGAUACGCGACUCAAAGUCUGGUGUGGUGCUACACGACCGGCUGAUGACAGACGCAGCCCUGGGCGCAGCGCCCAUCAAGACAGAACACUCGUACAGCCUCCACUCAGACGUUGAGUCCGCGCCCUCCUCGCCACACCACACCAAAGUUGAUGACAUGGAAGAUGAAUGUUACCCAGCCAUGCCAGCGAGUGCGUGGAGCAGUCGACGGCGCUCCAGUGAUUCACCCCCACGGGAGGUGAAGACAGAACCCAAGUCAGAACCAGAAUCGCCAGCCUCAUCCUGCCCACCCUCCCCCACGCCCGGCACACCUGUCACACAUCUCGACUACGUCAUCGACCACACAACGGGAACAAUCCACAUGCCACAAGCGGUCUUACAGAAAGUUGGCGCCGCUGGAGUACCACAGUUGCUGCUGAGCGCGGCGCCAAGACUCGCCAAUUCCCUUACAUCAAACAAACUAUCCAUUAAGGUCACCAGUUCUAGCGCUUCAGGGUUCAAUUUACCACCGACGCCGCCGUCCUCGCUAUCGUCAUCGGACAGUGAGGGCGCGCUGUCGCCCGCGCACGAGGCCCCGCCCGCGCCCGCGGCGGCGCCCCCGCGGCGCGCGCACCUCUACGUGUCCCACCACUCGCGGCAACCGAUCAACACGCCGCUCAUUAGCACGCAACCGAAAGGGUCAACAGGUACUUUGGUCCUCACAGAAGAAGAGAAACGCACACUACUGGCCGAAGGGUACCCCGUGCCCACGCGUCUACCCCUCACUAAAGCCGAGGAGAAAUCCCUGAAGAAAAUCAGGAGGAAAAUUAAAAAUAAGAUAUCGGCACAAGAGAGCAGACGCAAGAAAAAGGAAUACAUGGACCAGUUGGAGAGAAAAGUCGAGAUAUUAGUUUCCGAAAACACUGACUACAGAAAGAGGGUAGAAUCGUUGGAACAGAAGAACGCGAGUUUGCUGAGUCAGCUGGCCGCGCUGCAGGCGCUGGUGGCGCGCGGCCGCAAGUGA